GUCGGGCACCAUGGGCUCAGUGCGCAGUGGUCGCUAUGCAUCUGGUGGGUUCGAUGAUAUUGCAGAAGGUAGUCGAUCGCGAGAGCAUAUUUUAGAGAUGCCUCCAUUGCCUUCUGCAUCUUCAAGUCGACCUGGCAGCAAGCGCAAUUCAGUGCACGACCAGGAUGCCAAACCCGGCGCAUCGAACUACGGCCGCACGCAUCCAUUGACUCCAGCGAUGGAGGUGGACGAGUGGAAUUUACAAAAGACGAAUUCGAGGACGCAAUAGGCCCGCUCCAAGAAGGAAGCUACCAUCACGGAAUACUGGACGAUAGAACUGCAAGCUUUGCAGAUGAUGCGAGAAGAUGAAAUGAUGCUGGCACAGCGUACAAGUCGGGAGAACCAGAAGCUGCACCAGCAGUAAAGCGAUUGGUUUUGAAGAUAUGCCGAAUUUGAGCGAGCAUUGCAUUUCGCGGCAGGAGUUCUGCAUUGAAACGACUGCAUCGAGCGCGAGCACCGAACAAGAGGCCGCGUCUCCACUAAUUUCCAUUCACGAAGAAUAGAUGUGGCAGAGAUACCCACUAGCUAAGCUAAGCUUCUGAGCAUAUGUGCGACAACAGCUUGGUGGGAAGGAAUAUGGUACAAGACAGAGAAAGGAGUCUGGGCGAUGUGCACAGAUUCAUAGAAGAGACAGAACUAGACAUGAGCAGCUUCCGCGUACCAGCACGCAUGGCAUGGCAGGCUAUGCCGAAGAAUGCAGUGAACUACCUAUACGUCAACAUUUAAAGUCCCAUCACCGUUUGUCAAUUAAAUGAAGAACUAAACCAUACGAUG